GUGUCUUAAUACACCAAAGAACGUUUGUCCCUUCCAAUUGCAUGUGUUCCUGGAAAGGAAAAGCUCCCCAACCCAGGAAUACAUCGCCCUCUCCUUCUCUUUUCUAUCUAUUCAAUUUGCAUUUUUAAUUUAUUAAAAGGCAACUUUUAGCCUCUGAACUAUCUCGUUCCGUCUUUCUCUUCAAUUCUUCCGGCAACUCUCUGUACCUUGAAUGAAAAGAAUAAUACGGGUGAAGAUGCCGGAAAUAGAGUUUGGAGGGCACACGGUGAGAUCCCAUGGGGCUAAGGUGGCCAAAAAGCACAGAUGUGACUGGUUGAUUUUACUUGUGCUUGUUGCAAUGGAUGGCUUCUUAAACUACAUUCAGCCUUUCAAUCGCUAUACUAAUGCAAAAAUGUUAGAAGAUCUCAAAUUUCCCUUCAAAGAGCACGACACAAUACCAAUGUGGGCCGUUCCUAUCUUUGCAGUAGUUCUGCCAUGCACAAUAUUUCUCAUUUACUAUCACUACAGGAGGGAUGUUUAUGAUCUGCAUCAUGCGAUUUUGGGUGUCUUUUAUUCGGUCCUAGUGGCUGCAGUAAUCACCGAUAGUAUCAAAGAUGCUGUUGGUCGACCACGUCCAAAUUUCUACUAUAGGUGCUUCCCUGAUGGAUUUGAGGCUUUUCAAGCUAAUGGGGAUGUUAAGUGUCAUGGAGACCCAAAGAUUGUGAAAGAAGGAUAUAAAAGCUUUCCCAGUGGACAUACCUCAUGGUCAUUUGCUGGCCUUGCAUUCCUCUCAUGGUACCUGUGCGGAAAAGUGAAGGCUUUUGACAGAAGAGGCCAUGCUGCAAAACUCUGCAUUGUUCUGCUUCCUUUACUGUUUGCUGCAUUAGUCGGAAUUUCUCGGGUUGAUGACUAUUGGCAUCACUGGACAGAUGUAUUCACUGGAUCCAUUAUAGGAACUGUGGUUGCCUCGUUAUGCUACCUGCUGUUCUUCCCAUUCCCUCAUGAUAUCAAUGGGUGGGCACCUCAUGCAUCAAUUAAAAUGAGAGAAAAAAAUGGAUUCCAUUCUUCGUCAGUAGAAAUGGACACUGUGUAAUGCAACAAGAGUACAAGAGGGAACCCUCAGUCAUCCAGACGUGGACAUGUAAUGCAAGAUCUGGAAAUUGUUGGAGAUGGAAGGAGAUUAUUAAAAUUUUCCAAAGCCUCGUCGAAAUAGCAAAGAUAUCAUUUAAACCUUUUGUCAUUUUCUUUUUGUUAAAUCUAGCUUAUGGCUCAUACCUGUAUAUUUGGAUUUUGGAAGAGAAGAGCUGUACAACGAGGGGAAAUGGUUCCUUACCUCCUCAUUUUCCAUGGGGGUAUGAACGUACAGGCUCAUGACCUUACGAAAAAUGGGAUUUUUGUACAUGUG